CAGAUACUAGUAUUUUAUAAUUCCUUGUUUCUUUUCCCACAAGAUCUCCCUUGGUAUGUCUCUUCCCUAUCUUUAGUCAUAUUUUCAGAUACUCGCAAAUCUUGCUAAGUUUACAUUUUUAACGGUCUGUCCUCUUUCAUCUCUUUUGUCCUUUAAUCCUGUCGCCAAAGCACUGUCAGAUACUGCCGCAGAAUUACAAUUCUGGUCAUGUCACACGUAAUUGGCCUGCACCGCUAACUAAAUGCAUUCCUGAUUCCUUAGCAGGGCAUUUGAAAUCCUCCAAACCUGAUCCCAACCCAUCCCUUAGCCUAGGAUCCGGCCAACCAAGAUGCUGGGCUAAUUCCCCAGCGGGCCUUGAGCUGGGAACGUCGCUGUGCUCUCGCUCCUGCCGCUCCCUACCUGGUAGGAAACACUGUACUCCUAAAUCUCCAUUUUACUCCGUCGGCGGCAAGGCUCAGCUUGAGUACCGCGGUCUUUGAGAAAAUUAUUGACCUUCUACUGCUGGGUCCCAGAUCCCCACGCCCUUGUAGUCGACGGUGGGGUGGCUCUGCACUUUACACUCUCGCCACGCUGGGGUAAGACCCCUUCCCCUACUCUCCGCCCUGUAGCUUCGAGAACUGUCCUUGCAGACAGCGUGCGCGGUGUGCGAAUGUGAUCUGGUCCUCUGCCCCAGAUUUACAGAUGGUCGGUUCUGUUUUUAGCUCCUUGAUGCUGCACUAAGCUCUAUCGCUAUUUCUAUCUCUAUUUUCCUCUUACAGUCUCCCGUCAACCGUUUUCGACCUGGGGCGGUACCCACUAGGUCCCACCCAGAGACCCGCUCCUUCUCCCCGAUCCCCUCGAAUGGUCCUCUGAACCCCGCCGCGCGCCCGCCACAGAGCUGCAGUCCUCCGGGCGGCCUAGAGGGGCGCGCCGCCCCCCACUUCCGGCGCGCGCCGCCCGAGGUCAUUCUGUCCCUCACCUGAGGUCACUCCCCGCCGCCCGCGGAGCUAAGGGAGCUCCCUGGAGCAUCAGAACUCAGAAGAAAUCUCAGACAGACCUCCAUCUGCUCACCGCUUCGGCUAGGCAGCCUCUUCAGGCUGUCUCUGCCCAGAAUGGCAGGGAAGUCUGCAGCCUUGGCCUACUGUGCUCCAAAAGGGCAGGAAAGACUCAUCAUGGUGAAGGUCAAAGAAGAAAACUGUGUUUGGGGGCAGGACUUUGGCCGUCAGGGAAGUGCCUGUAGCCAGGAGGCCUUCCGCCAGCAGUUCAGGCGGUUUGGCUACUCUGACUCCGCGGGGCCCCGGGAGGCCCUGGGCCGGCUCCGCGAGCUUUGCUGUCAGUGGCUGAGGCCCGAGGUGCUCAGCAAGGAGCAGAUCCUGGAGCUGCUGGUGCUGGAGCAGUUCCUGGCCAUCCUGCCCGAGGAGCUGCAGGCCUUGUUCCGAGAGAACCGACCAGAGAGUGGAGAGGAUGCCGUGGAGAUGCUCGAGGAGCUGGAGAAGGAGCUCGCCGAGCCAAGGCAGCAGGACACAGCUCAUGGCCAGGGAAUGACCUGGAAGGAAAUGACGUCUGUGGGAGCGCUGAAGUCACCGAGUAUCCAGCUCCAGCCCUUGGAAAAGCAGGGCAAGAAUGAGAUUCAGGAGUGCCAGGCUUUCUAUGAGAGAGAUGGCAAACUUGUGGCUGACAGAGUAUUGACAGCAAAGCAAGAAAUUAUUGAAUGUGUUGCAUCAGCAAUCACAAUACCUCCAAGACGACUCCCUGGGGAAACUCCUUCAGGACAGAUAGUUGAAGAAGCUCUGGGAGGUCUGGACAAUUUUGAGAAACUGAAAGGUAGUGCUUCUGGGAACAAACUGAGUCAAUUCCCUUACCAGGAAAAACAUUUUAGCCUGGCAAGUUUCACCAAGAAAAUCUCCACAGAAAAGAGUCUCCUGGAAUGUAAUGAAAGUAUAGGAAGUCUCAGCCUGAACUCAAACGCUAAAACACAACCGAGAAUUCUCGCUGGGGGUAAGCUCUAUGAGUGCUUGGACUGCGGGAAAGCCUUUUGCCAGAGCUCAAAGCUGAUUAGACAUCAGAGAAUUCAUACUGGAGAGAGACCUUAUGCAUGUCAAGAUUGUAGCAAAGCCUUUAGUCUGAGCUCAGACCUUGUUAGACAUCGGAGAAUUCAUAGUGGUGAGAAACCCUAUGGAUGUUGUGAAUGUGGAAAAGCCUUCAGGGGCAGCUCAGAGCUCAUCCGGCAUCGGAGAAUUCACACUGGAGAGAAGCCUUAUGGAUGCAGUGAAUGUGGGAGAGCUUUCAGCCGGAGCUCAGCCCUUAUUCAGCAUAAGAAGAUUCACACUGGAGACAAAGGCUAUGAAUGUACUGAAUGUGCCCUGGCCUUCCUGCUGAGGUCAGUUGAGGUCUGCUUAUUUACUGAGCACCUGGUAUGUGUCAUUCAUCAGUGGCAGACACGGCCAUUGCAUCUUGAGUUAAGGGCUAGCAGAUUCUUUACCAUUGAGCCACCAAGGAAUCCCUUAUAUGCAUAUGCAUAUUCAGAAAUACAUAUACACACAUAUUCAUAUAUGUGAGUAUGUAGAUAUGUGUGUGUGCAUGUAUGAUUCUGUUGAAAUGCAUGGAUGGCAGGGGAUACCUAACCUCGUCCAUGAGUCACCAAAGUCUUCCUGGAUGUGAUGAAGUCUCAGCUAAGACAUAAAAGGUGGGUAGAGGUCAGCCAGAACAAAGUGAGAAGGAAGAGAAUGUUACACGCAGAGGUUAUCUCAUGCUUGAUGGCAUGAAAAGAGGAUCUGGAGCCAUCCCUUCUUCUGACACUUCUCUCUGGCAACAAUUUGUUCUUGUGGCCCCUGGUUCAGAAGCCAGGAGAGGUGUUGGUUCCUCGCUUCCUAUUUAGUCACUGAGUUGGGUGGCCAAUCCCAAUCUCUUGAAGUACUCAGAGAAUUUGUGUGAUGGGAGACUUGGCUGUGAUGCAUGAAAAAGACACGUUUGUACAUCAAGGAAGGAGUACAUUUUGGAUGCUAGAGGGACAGUGUGGACUGGAGUGUUUGUGUCCCAUGACCCUGGGGCUCAGAAACGAGAAGCUGACAGGAACAUGGGAGUAGGAGGUCUUCCCAGGCUCCACUCUGUCUCAUUCGCUGCUUGCCCUCCUCUUCAUUGGACUCAUAGAUGCUAAGCUACUUGAGGGCAAUGACUAUUUGUUGAAUUACACUCUCAGAUUCCUCAAAACUCUACUUCGCUAAUUUUUGUCAGUUUUAAUUAACUUACCAGUAAUUGUUGAGGACAGUUAAUCCCUAAGAGAAAGUCUGAGUCCUCUUCUAGGAUACCCCAAUUUCCGUUCCUGAUGCUGUCACUUCUGAAGACAUAGUGAUCAAAGUUGUUGUGGGUAACAGGGGAGGUGGGACUGGGGGGACAGCCUUUGUGUCCUGAGGCCAUAGGAUUACUAGUGAGGUCAGUCAGAUAUCGAAAAAGAUUUUUCAGAUGGACAGAGCUGCCUUUUCCUGUAGGUGACAAAUGAUUUCAUGUUUUUCAUGUUUUUAAUACCAUUGAAUAUUUUUUCCUGAUUGUGAAGUGUAAAUCUUGAUAGUACAGAAAAUGAGAGAGUAUAAAUCACCCAGAAUCCCAUCAUCCAUAGAAACAGUUAACAUUUUAGAGUACUUUCUAUUCAUUUUUUUAACGUACCAACCCUAAUAUAUAUAAU